AAUUAAGGAGUUAGAUAAAGAAAAGGAGGAGGAGUUGGAAAAAUUCGAGAAAGCAAUAAAAGAAAGAAUGUUAGAUGAUUUGUCGAGUUGGGCAUUGGAUCCCGAAGGUUUUUUUUAUAGAGUAGACGGAGGACUAGAAUCUUUAAAUCUAGGCGGAAUUGUUAGCAAAUGCGUUGGUAUAAUAUGUCUUGGCAACAAGGACUAUAGAAAUGAAAUCGUAAACGGAUUUAUCAAUGAAAUCAAACAGAAUCCCCAAGAUUGGAAAAUAAGAAGAGCAAAACCAGAAGAAACUAUCUAUGCCGAAAUUGAAAAUGCUCUAAAUCAUAAACAAAAUGACAUACCUAUCAUAAAAAAAAAGGAAAAUUAUGUCUGUGAUGCUUGUUGUCAGAAACAAAGUUAUAAUAUUGCUUUUCUUAUUGGUGUUCGUGAUUUCAUUAAUGACACUGAAAUUUUUCUCAAAAGGUUUCGUAGAUUAAUCACCAAACUUCCUAAAUUUUAUGACAAACUUAAAGAUGUUGAGAAAUCCUUAAUUUUAACUGACGAAGAAAAACAAGCGGAAAAGAAAAAUCAUUCAUUCCGAAUUAAUUUUUUGCAGGAAAAAAAUGGUGGUCGACAACGAGAUAACAUUCAUUUAUUUAAACUUUGUCGGAAAUGUCUUGAUGAGUUAGCAGAGAAAGAAAAGGUUUUUUUCUCAGAAAAUCCAGAUGUCAAAAAAGUUGGAGAGAAAUGA